CAGGCGGAGCAGACAGCAGCAGAGCCACGGAGCCGGGACCGGCUGGGACCAUGGGCGGCCAGCCAGAAGAACUGUGAGCCCACUCAGCAGCCGUGUGUGAAAGAAUUCAUCUCCACUGAGACUGACAUUCACUAGAGAUGAGUGAUCUUACUUUUUGCCAAUCUAAAGGGGCAUGUUCCCGAUUUGAGGUGAAACCAUGAAGAGGAGAUAGAAUAAAUAAUAAUGCUUUUCCGCAAUCGCUUCUUGCUGCUGCUGGCCCUCGCUGCGCUGCUGGCCUUCCUGAGCCUCAGCCUGCAAUUCUUCCACCUGAUCCCGGUGUCAGCAGCUAAGAAUGGCGUGAGUAGCAAGAGUCGAAAGAGAAUCAUGCCCGAUCCCGUGACGGAGCCCCCAGGGACAGACCCGGUUUACGAGGCUCUCUUGUAUUGCAACAUUCCCAGUGUGGCCGAGCGCAGCAUGGAAGGUCACGCUCCACAUCAUUUUAAGCUGGUCUCAGUACACGUGUUCAUUCGACACGGGGACAGAUACCCACUGUAUGUCAUUCCCAAGACGAAGCGACCAGAAAUUGACUGCACUCUAGUGGCUAACAGGAAACCGUAUCACCCUAAACUGGAAGCUUUCGUUAGUCACAUGUCAAAAGGAACCGGAGCCUCUUUCGAAAGCCCCUUACACUCCCUGCCUCUUUUCCCCAAUCACCCGCUGUGUGAGAUGGGAGAGCUCACACAGACAGGAGUCGUGCAGCAUUUGCAGAAUGGCCAGCUGCUGAGGGACAUCUAUCUAAAGAAACACAAACUCCUGCCCAGCGACUGGUUCACAGACCAGCUUUACUUAGAAACCACUGGGAAAAGCCGGACGCUGCAAAGUGGGCUGGCCCUGCUUUAUGGCUUUCUCCCAGAUUUUGACUGGAAGAAGAUUUAUUUCAGGCACCAGCCCAGUGCUCUCUUCUGCUCUGGAAACUGCUAUUGCCCAGUGAAAAACCAGUAUCUGGAAAAGGAGCAGCGUCGGCAGUACCUCCUACGCUUGAAGAACAGCCAGCUGGAGAGGACCUAUGGGGACAUGGCCAAGAUCGUGGAUGUCCCCACCAAGCAACUCCGAGCUGCCAACCCCAUAGACUCUAUGCUCUGCCACUUCUGCCACAACGUCAGCUUCCCUUGCACCAGAAACGGCUGUAUUGACAUGGAGCACUUCAAGGUGAUCAAGACGCAUCAGAUAGAGGACGAGAGAGACAGGCGGGAGAAGAAACUGUACCUGGGGUAUUCGCUCCUGGGUGCCCACCCCAUCCUGAACCAGACCAUCGGCCGCAUGCAGCGUGCCGCCGAGGGCCGGAAAGAAGAGAUCUUUGCCCUGUAUUCUGCUCAUGACGUCACUCUGUCACCAGUUCUCAGUGCCUUGGGCCUGACGGAAGCCAGGUUCCCGAGGUUUGCAGCCAGGCUGAUCUUUGAGCUCUGGCAAGACAGAGAAAAGCCCCGGGAGCAUUCUGUCCGGAUCCUUUACAAUGGUGUCGAUGUCACAUUCCACACCUCUUUUUGCCAGGACCACCACAAGCGUUCUCCGAAGCCCAUGUGCCCCCUCGAAAAUUUGGUCCGCUUUGUUAGAAGGGACAUGUUUGUGCCUCUGGGUAGCGGUAGUACUAAUUAUUAUGAUGCGUGUCACCGGGAAGGAUCCUAAAAGGUACACAGUCCACAAAAAAAGAAUCUAUGCCAAUACAGAGGGGUGGGAAAGAGAUGCUUCUAGUUCUAUCCUUUGCUAAGGGUACAAGAUGAUCAAUUUUCUAAGGCUAGACAUUGUGCUUGAGAGCCACAUAGAUGGUUUGGGUUAAACAGUGAGUACAUUGUUGAAUUCAGGUACGUGAGUUACUUGAUACACGAUAGCCAAUCCACAGAGAAAGGAAGGUACUUUAUCAUAGCCGAACUUUGCUUACAAUGCCAGAAUAUUUUAAUACUCCAAGUCGCCAACCCAAAUAGUUAUUCUUUUGAUCUGCCAUGGUACUUACUGUACAAUGGAACCAGCAAACCUCAGCCCAAAUGUUCUUAAUCUGGGACCAUCUUACCUUGUCCUUGUUCAAUGAAAAAUUUCCCGACAUGAGUUAUGUAAAAUAGGAUUUGGCAAACUUUUUCUGGAAAGAGCCAGGGAGUAAAUAU